AUGUCCUUACCUAUUGCUGUUGUAGAUAAGAAUAAAGAAGUUAACUAUUCUAAAGUGAAUGAAAAUGAUUUGGUGUACUAAAUAAUAAAAGAAAUUCAUGGUGGAGAUAAUGAUAUUUUGGUUGUUAGUGAUAAUGUAGUCUGUUAUUUUGAUGAAAGUUUUUCCUAAUUUAAGAAAAGAAUUUAGAAAGAUGAAGUCCUUUUAUUUAUUGUGAAAUCUCUUUCAUAAAUUUAAAAUUAGUUAAUCGACAUACAAAAGGAAAAUUAUGAAUACAAAAAAGCUUAUAAACUUUUAUAAGAUAAUUUUAGGGAUUAAUUGAUUAAAGACUCUUAAAUCCAAUAGAAAAAACUAGAAUUUUAAAUAAUCUCAACUGAUGGUAAUUUAACUACAUUUAACUCCACAAUAUUUGAGUAACGAUUCAAUAACUAAACAAUUGAAAAAUUAUUAGGAGAAGUAACAAAAAUAAAACGAAUAACAAGUAUUUCAUCAUCCAAACUUUGUUAAUCAGAAAUUUAUUUUGAUAAUGAAAUUACCUCUUAAGUAAUUUCUUAGAUAGAUAGUUGCUAUUUUUGUAAUAAUGCAAUUAAUUAAAACAGAAUAUAGCUAACAUGUUUCCAUAACUUUCAUGAAGAAUGUUUAGUAUCAAUAUUCUUUGGUUAAUUAGAAAAUUAAUGUAAUACUUCUUUAAGUUGUUUAUGUAAUAUAACUCUGUAAGCCCAGAUUAUAUUGCUUAUUCAAGACAAGAAUAGUUAAAUAUUAUUAAGACAUAAAUUAUUACAAAAUCAAUUGAAUAAACUUGUUAAAGAUUAUAAACUUGAAAAAUGUUAGAAACUAUAUUGUUACUACUAUUUUAAAAGGAACAAUUAAUUAGAAAUUUAAAAUAAUUUCUGUCCAUUAUGUUUGUGUUGA